AUGCGGGAAGCAAAAAGUACAGCUGUGCGAAUAUUAAAAGCAGGGGCAAAACUCAGUAUAGUUUAUGAAGCUAUUAGAGAUGAAGAUGGAAAUCCGACUGUGACUAGAAAGGACAUAGCUAAUUUAAGCUUAAAAAUUAACUCUUUCAAAGAAACUGCUUCAAUGGAGGCAUUGAUAAUUGGCAUGGAAGAAAGAGGAUAUACAGUGCAUCAUGAAAAUCAUAAAGAAAAAGUAGUUCUAAUUGAUGCUACUUAUAAGACAAAUGUUUAUAAAUUGCCAUUUGUAAACUUUGUUGAUGUCAGUAAUCUUGGACAAAAGUCUAUCCUUUUAGAUAAACUUGAUGAUGUUUUAUCAAUUCUGGUAGAUAAACUUUCUGAUAUCAAAGUGCCUGAAGGAAUUAAAGGAAAAGGCCGACCUUCUGGAACUAAACGAUUACCAACAGCAUUAGA